AUGGAAUCAGAAGUGUCACGUGACGAGAGCAAUUUGUCUCCGUAUCUGUCGGCGAGAUCACGGUUACCCCUUUGCCUACCCGAAGACGCCAACAUGGAGAUGGCACUGGCACCUGAAUCCCCCAAAAUUGAACAACAGUCGCAAAAGACACUCGUUGUUGAGGUGGUGUCCCUGAGGCCGAUUGAGAAAUUCCGCAGGGCCGUUGCUAAAAUGCCUAGGUUCUCCAAGAAAGAAACCGCUACACCAGGAAAAUCCAGAAACGCUCCGAAAUUGGGCACCGAAGGUAUAGUUCGGUUGGAUGGAGGGCGAACAAGUUUAAGAUUACCAGCUAAUCGGUCACAAAAAACUGAACAACCAAUGGAUUUAGCUCGGGAGAACCAGGCUUUGCACGAGCGCCUGCGGGAAGAAGCGGCUCGUUAUGAUAGACGAUUAGAUACAUAUAAAUUGGCUCAACAGAGACAGGCCGUUCUUGUUAGCAGGCUUCAAGCAAAGGUAAUGCAGUAUAGAGAACGGUGUUCCGAGUUGGAAAGGGAGAUGAGAACUAGUAUUCCAGCAAUUGAUAAUGUUAGGAGUUAUCGUGAUUCAGUUAGAGAUUAUCAGUCAAUGGACUUAGAUUCUGCAAUACGUGCUUUAGAACAAGAACGAAUCAAAUCUGAAAAAGUCAUGGAACUAAACUCAACGCUUAGAGAACAACUAGAUGAUGCUCAAACAAGCAAUGAAACAUUGUCUACAGAUUUGCAAAAGUUAACUAGUGAUUGGGAAAAAAUGAGAGAUGAAAUGAAUGCUAAAGAAGAUGAAUGGAAAGAAGAAGAACAAAUGUUUAAUGAGUAUUGUUCAUUAGAACACGGUAGAAUGAUGAGUCUUUGGCAGGAUGUAGCCCAAGUAAAACGGAUGUUCACCGAUAUGAAAUCAUCAACUCAACAAGAUCUUAAUAAACUUCGAGGUGAACUUUCAUUAGCAUCCAACGACAUGGUUACUACUUGCAGUGGCUUAGUGAAUGCUGUUAAACGAUCAACAUAUUCUGAAGAAAAACAAUAUGAACAUCUGUUGAAAGAAAAUACAACAUUACAAAACAAAGUAGAAAAACUCCAAAAUGAUUAUGAUACUGUAUGCUCACAGUUGCGACAAAAAGAAAUGCAUUUAGAAGAUCUCAAAGCCAAUCUUUCUGAAUUUGAAGACAAAUGUAUGGAUUCUAAUAAAAAUGAAAAAGAAGCAGAUAAUUUGCGUAUCGAUGUUGAUGUAUUGAUGUCCGGAAUGCAGGAAAUAGUUAAAGUGUUACAGCAUGACAAAGAAAUUCUUGGUGAUCUAAUUAGACCUUUGGCUCCCCCACAUGUUCAUCUUAGCACUGGAAUUAUUAAGUCUGACACAAAAUUAAAACCAGUAUCUGCAACUAGUAACUUUGUCGAUAGUACUUUGUCAGCCGUUCAGUCUGUUGUUUAUAGAUAUCAAUCAAACAUUCAUGAACUUCAAGUUCAAUUAUCAUCUUGUGUCGAUAAAAUGUCAGAUACAAAAAAACAUUGUGAACAAUUAGAAAUGUUAGAAAAAGAGUUACAAGUAAAGAUUGAAGAACUGAGUAAAGAACUAGAUGAUUGUCGAAAUGUUAAUAAUCAAUUGGGCCAUGAACGUGACUCGCUUGCAGAAACACUCGAAAGACUAAGAAAUGAGGCUCAAGCAUUACAACAAAACAGAAUGCAUGUCAGCGCUGUGGUAGAAAAUAUGAAUUCUGAUUAUGAUAAAAUACAAAAAGCUAAUAGUAAAUUACAAAAAUUAAACGAUACCCUGGAAGAUGAAAAAAUGUUCCAACAAGGUGAAAUAGAUCGAUUACUAAAGGAAAUCGACAUAAGAAUGUUGUCAGAAAAUGAUGUACAAGACAGGUGUAGUUGUUUAAAAGAAGAAUUGAUUAGUAUCAAAGAAGAAUUGAAUCAAGUUUAUUUGGAUAAAGAACUUUUAGAACAACGAUGUCUAGAACUUGAAAUUUUGCAAGCUAAAAUGGAAAAAAAUAAAGGUGAUCUUGAAUCCGAGUUAGAAAAAAUUGCAUCAGACAGAACUGAUUGCCAUGAAUCAUUAGCUAAGGCAGAGUCACUUAUCCUGGACGGAAACACAGAGAAAAAAAAUUUACAAAAAGAACAUGAGAAAUUAGUUGAAGACAAAAAAAAUUUACAAGUUCAAGUAGAUGAUUUAUCUAGUGAUUUAGUUGCUCUCAGAAAAGAACUACUUCAAAUGGAACAAGAUAAGCAAGAAUUAGAAAAUGAAAGGUCAAAUGCAACUGAAAAGUGGAAAUCGGUAUUGUUGGAAAAAGAAAAGUUGGAGAAUGAAUUAGAAGAAUUAUUAAAAGAUAGAUCCCACUUGGAGGAUCAGUUGGUAAAUGAAAAGCAUAAGAAACAAUCUCUUAAUGAAGAGUUAAUGAGAUUAAAUCAAAAAAUUGAUCAUACAAUAGAAUCUAACUCUAGAUUAAAUAAUCAACUUCAAAGUAUUGUAAAAGAAAGUGAAGAAAAACAGAUUGCUCUUGAUAGUUGUGCUAAGCAAUUGGAUAAUUUGGAACGACAAUUAUCUUCUCUUUGUGGAGAGAAAGAAAAUCUGGAAUCAAUAUUAUAUGAUGUGCAACAUAAUUUGGAAGUAUCAGAAAAUCGAUGUAAACAAACAGAAAGGGAAAAACAAGAAUUACUAAUAAAACAAGAAUCAAUGAAAGGUGAAAUAUAUCGUUUGUGUAAAGAUUUAGAAAGUUGUGAGCAAGCAGCUAAUCACACUAAGUCUGAACUUCUAAGUCAAUCUAGGACUCUGGAAAUAGAAUUCCAGCAAACUAUUGAAGCAUUGAAGAAACAAGCUGAAGAAAAUAUUCAAAAAUUGUCUAGUGAAAAAGAAACUCUUAAAGUCCAUUAUGAAAGAAAAAUUCAAGAAGAUUUAAAUCGAUUGGGUAAAAACAAAAAUUGUGAAAUAGAAAAACUAAAACAAAAAUUAGAUAUGUUGCAAAAAAAUAUUGACACAAUAACACAGCAACACGAUGAAGCACUUUUGAGGGCUGAAAAUGACAAACAACAAACUUUAUUAUUAGUUCAUCGAGAUCAAAAAGCUAUUGUUAGCAAGUUAGAAAGCGUCAAAAAAGAAUUAGAAGGAGAAAAAGAGAGUUACGAACGUUCACUACGAGAAACACGUGGAAAAUUAGAGAAUGAAAAAGGUUCAGUGACCUCAUUACGUGAACAGUUAGCAAAAAUCAAAAAUGAAUUAAAUGAAUUCCGUAUGCAGUCCGAAAGUGAAAAAUGUCAGUUAAUUGGUCAAAUAGAUGAAAUUCAAACAGAACGAGAUAGACACAUACAAGAAUGUAUGGAAAUCAAAUCUCAACUGUGUAUGGCAGAAGACAAACUUGACAAUUUCCAAGCACAUUUGAAUGAUAUAAGUAGAAAGUUAAAAGAAUCUGAUUCAAUAGCUGAUCAUACUCGAAAAGAUUUGAUGGAGACCAGGCGAAAUUUGAAUGAAACCAGCAUUGAAAAAGAAAAAUACCAUAAUUCAAAUAGGGAACUACGAGAACUUAUUAAAAAAUCUGAAACAGAUAAACGUGAACAAGGAAGACAUUUAGAAGAGGCAUUGCAAAAAAUUGCUGCUAUAGAAGAUAAAUGUAAUCAAGUUGAAGCAGAGCGCGCUCGUUUAAAUGCUGAAUGCAAAGAAGCAUGUAGAAGACUUGAGGAAACUGAAAAGACAAGUAAAGCUCUUCAAGAAGAUCUUCAACGAGCAGCUGUGACAGGAGAAUCUCGUAGAAAUGAACAGAAACAACUACAGACAAAAUUGGAUGCUGAAACCGAAGAAAAAGAACGUGCAUGUGAACUUGUUCAACAACUUAGAAGAAAGGUAAACGAAUUGGAGGGAAUAUUGGAGGGUUAUGAACAAGAAGUGAUGCGGUUACGCCAUCGUGUUGAUGAAGAUGAAUUACGUUGGAAAACUCGUGAACAAGAACUACUUGAUCGAUUGGAUGAUGGAUUAGGCCAUGAACGAAAACUUGAAGAUCAAAAACAUAACCUAGAAGUCUGUUUGUCGGAUCAAACUGUUCAAAUCCAAGAACUUAAAUGUAAAUUGAGUGCAUCAGAGGGUCGUCUUCGCUCUGCGGACACUCAACUUGGAGAUUUGGAAAGGACUAAACGUGAUGUGGAAAAUCGUUUAAACACUAUUUGGUCAACUUUAAAACGAGUUACAGGCAUGCAAGCAGAUGGGUCUGUCAGAAUAAGGAAAUGGAGUCCAAGCAGAAUAAUGGAACAAGGUUCUGAGCCAAUUCGCAUGGAUGGGAAAAUCGUGGAUCCUGAAGUAGUUAAAAAAGGUGUAAGAAAUUUGAUGCAACAAGUAGCUCAAGUAGAAAGAGAAAAAGAUGACUACAAAUCUCAAAUUUCAAAUAUGAAAAGGCAACUUGAAGAAAUUGGAGACAUUCAUAAAAAAACUGAUAGUAAAUUGAAUUCAACUAUUCAUAUAUUAAGGAAACUUCAAGAUGAAAAAGUUGAGUUAGAAUCAAAGCUCGGGCAAAAACAAUCAAUACUCUUAUCUCAAGCAGCAGAAAUUAAAGAAAAAUCAGACGAAAUUAAGAAAAAUAAAGAAAUAUUAACAAGUCAAGAAACUCUCAUGCAUGCUGACAAAAAUGAAAAAAUGCAAUUGAAAGAACGUUUAGAAAAGCUAAAACUUCAUAUGAGUCAACUAGAAGCAGAAAAAAGACAUUUACAAGAUGAGUUGACUCAAACUGAAUCAAAAGCUACUAAAUUGGAAAUACUUAGAAUUGGCCUUGAUGGAGAUUUGCAACGGUUACAAAUGAUGUUGCAAGAAAAGGAUAGUCAUAUACAAAAACUUGAAGAAAAACGUGAGAGUCAUUCUAAAGCUUCUGCUGCACUCGAGGAAAGAUGUGUUUCAUUAACUGCUGCUAUUGAGCGUUUGAAUGCUUCAUUAGCACAUGCUACUGCUAAUGAAUGUGAUUUAAAGGCUCAAAUCCAAGCUCUUCAGAGAUCUUUGCAUGAUGCUUCUAUGAGUUCUGCUUCACAUAGUGACAAAUAUAAACAGUUGCAAAGAGCAUUACAAAAUUGUGAAAAUGAAAAAAAAAUUGCUAUUGAACGUUUGGAUGUAGCACAACACAAUUUAGCUGAUUGUCGCCGUGACCAACAGUCAGUGAAUGAUUCUAUUAUUAGACUACAAAUGGAUUUAGAAAACAAAGAAGUACAAAAAUCUAAUUUAGAAGCUCAAUUGAGAGCUUUGGGAAAUAAAUCACUGCCAAGACAAUCUAACAAAGAUCUCUAUGACGAUAGCUCAGAUCUUAGAUUUAAAUUACAAUCACUCAACGAUAAGGUUCGUAUGCUAGAAUCAGAAAAACGAAGUUUGGAGAAAAAAGCUUUAUCAAGGAGUAAAAGUUUUGAAAGAGUUGAUUAUGAAGGAAAAUUUAGUCAUGGUGGACGCUUUACAGAAGAAAAUAGAGAUUUGAAAAGUAGAUGUGACGAUUUAGAAAGGAAGUUAUACGAAAAAGAAGUUGAAUUAAAAAAUCUCAAAAUGUCUUCAUCUGAUUACAGCUCAAAUAUACCUGUAAAACACACCGAUUUAGAACGUUAUCGUGCGGGACAGUUGCAAGCUGAACGCAUGUUAGAAGCACGUGAGCAAUCGCAUAGACAACAAAUACAUAGAUUAGAGAAUCAAGUUGCGAUGUUGAGGGAUCAGUUGACGGAAGAGAGUAAGAGACGUCAAGCGUACAUUAACAAAACGACCAAAACCAAUCGCGAGGCAUUGGCGUUGAGACAAGUUUUGGACAAGUCGUUGUCUAAAAUCGCUCAAGACCCAUCGCCAGAUGCUACUUUAUUGAAACACGAAGCACGCACAUUGCAUCAUGCCAUUCCUUUGUCUAAGUAG